GAAUACGCGAGCUAUUUUUAAAUUUACAUUUUACUUUUUUUUAGGGUACUAUAAAUACGGCAUCUUUUUUUAGUGCACCGUUUUUUGUUUUUCUUAAUUUUGUGUUGUGUUAAAGCGUAAUGUCUUGUAAAUUUUUAAUUUGUUUGUUAUUUAUUUGUUAUAUUGAACGUAUUAAGGCGCAAUUUUCUGAAGGUACUCAAUGUUACUACAAUGAGUACAGAGGCAUUUGUACGAGACCAAGAAAAUGUCAAUCGUCUGUAAAUUUACCGGAUUGUCCGAACGGACGUAGAAACAGAUUGGUUUGCUGCGCCAUCUCUCCAUAUCAACCGAUAACUCCAAUCCGACCAAUAACAACACAACGGAUAACUACUCAAGGAAAUCAAAAUGGAUGUCCCCCUGUGUCACAAGAGUUGACAUCGCCCAAAACUGGCCGAAAAGCUUGGGAUAAAUGCAUAGACUACCAAGACCAGUUGGUAUACCCUUGUAUUAGGUCAUCAGAUUACUCCGGUGGCAUGACGCGUGCGCGUCGCUGUCACCACAGCACCGACGCUCUCAUUGUUGGUGGAUCAGUUGCUGCCAAGAGAGAGUUUCCACAUAUGGUUCUCCUCGGCUUUGGUAGCAGUCCAGCAGAGGCAAAGUGGGCUUGCGGCGGCACUCUCAUCAGUGAAUGGUACAUUCUCACAGCUGGACAUUGUACUUCCUCAAAUGGCACAGAGGUGAGCUAUGCACGUUUAGGUGUUCAAGACAAGAGAAAACUUGAAAACAGCCAGCUCUACAAAAUACAGAACAUAAUCAAACAUCCUGAAUACAAUUCACCAUCUAAAUAUAAUGACAUCGCGCUACUAAAGACUGCAACAGAAAUGAAGUUAAGUCACGAGGCAGUUCCGGCAUGUCUGCCUGUGGAGAAUGUGUCUCACGAGAAAGCAGUCGCCACGGGAUUUGGCGCCACACGCAGCAAGGGGGACGGUUCUGAUCUACUCGAGAAGGUAACGUUGAACAAAUUCUCGGAUCAGAAAUGUAUAUCAUCACAUCGUCCUCAGAGGAAUCUGAACCGAGGCUUUGACGUGAACACGCAGAUCUGCUACGGGGACAAGAAUCAGUCUAAAGACACGUGUCAGGGCGACAGCGGUGGACCUUUACAAGUGAAGAACCCUCACAUAAAUUGCAUGUAUACAGUAAUCGGUGUUACGUCAUUUGGCAACGGAUGUGGUACUGUCGGUCUGCCAGGAGUUUACACCAACGUGAUAGUAUAUGUACCGUGGAUAGAAAACAUCGUCUGGCCUUAAAA